UAGGCGAUGGUGAUGCGGGUAAUGGAGGUUUUAACCAAUGGAUCAACAUGUGCAGCUUCAAAUAUUGCAAAAGCAUUUAUUGUUGGCUCAGGCAAUAUUAAUGGGGGUAAUGGAGGUUCUUAUGAUUUCCUCGGAUUUGGAACACUUCUCUACCAACAAGAUACAAUUUCUGAGUCUUGCUAUCCAGAAGGGCUAACAGCUAGAGUGAAUGGGACAAAAGUAGAAUUGAACUGGUGGGGCCCUGUUUAUGCAAUAAAUUAUUCGGUAGAUUCAACGUUCUACAACAAUUAAUGAUAAAUUUAAGACUAUAAAGAAAAAAAUUGGAACACAAAUAUUAACAUAUACAGAUUCCCCAGGAAAGGGCACAUUUUAUUACAGAGUUUUAACCAAUGGAUCAACAUGUGCAGCUUCAAAUAUUGCAAAAGCAUUUAUUGGUACAAAAUUAUAUUUCAGUCUUUCAUUUAAAAAUGUAUCUAAUGAAUCUUUACCAAUUGAUUUGAGUGAAAAUAAAUU